UCACCCACCCCCUCUGCUGUGUAGUAUGGGGUAACACAAGGGUCUAGUAAACAAUGUUGAGCCACACUCACUCCAUUAACCCUGUAUCAACCACACAAAAGACUGUACACCAUCGACCAACUAAUGUUGAAUAAUGCUUCUGGCUUGGUCAGUGCUUAGUCAGGAUAGGUAGAAAUGUAGAAAACAAUAUUGCCUCUGGGAUUCCCCACCAUUUACCACUUGUAUUCCCAUUAUGUAAUGCAAAUGUCUGCUGUUGCUGUUCUGCCCAAACUGCUUGCCAUUAGCUCCCUUGAUCCUUCAAAAGCUUAAGCAUCAAGGCUGUGUUUGUGAAUUUGGUGGGAUUCGCUCCACACAGAGAUCGAUGGGCGUCACUUAUGUCCAGCAUUGAUUUCUACUUGCUCUCCUACACCAAGCCCAUAAAUUAAACAACAGACCAGCAUGAGAUCCACAGCCCCCCCCCCCCGCCGCACCUCAACCCAACUGUCAGUUAAGAUAACAUCGGGGGGGCUGCAUGCAUGAGCAUCUUCCAUUUCCCAUCACUGUUUUUGUGUGUCCAUGAAAUAGUGUCAAUAAUUGUGCUAAUUAAAUUUCUAGGGAUUACAAUUCAUACACCACAUUGUUUCAUGGCAAAAUAAUUACAUUAACAUUGUUUAAUUUAAUUUAGCCCACUCAACACGUUUAAUUUAAACCAAAAAUGUAUCUUCUUUUAACGAGGGACCCUUUUGUUGCAUUGGAGUCAUUUUGUUGUGGACCAAAUCAUAUUUUUUUUAAGAGAGAGCUCUUGUCAAGGUGAAGUAAAAUGUUUUGGAGGCAUUUUUGAAGAUUUUAUUUGUUAUUUUUACUUCAACAAGGAUAUACUGCCAUCUUGUGGUAAAGAUUACCAGUAUAAUUGUGUGGCAAUAAAAGAAUUUGGAGGAGGAAUGAUUCUAACGACUGUUGCCAUGGAUACUUUCAAAAAAGCUUCAGAAUGUGGUUUGUGUUCAUUCAAAUAACCAAAGCCAUCCAGUUGCAGUCAGACAUGGAAGUGUGUCAUCCCUACACAGAAAGAUAUCUACUGACACUGAUAUUCUAUGCAGCAGACUCUCCUGUUCUCAGCCAAUCAGGUGUUGUGAAGAGGCCUCACUGCAUUCCAGCACACACAGUGAGAGUGAGAGUGACCAACACAGAGGAGAGGCCUCUGACCUUCCAGAACCUGCAGUCGGUCUCCCUCAGCUUCCCAGACCUUUACUACAGACUCACAGGGAACCCUUACGCUCCUGACCUCUUCCAUCUCGCCCACCUCCAGACAGACUUCUUGUCCUCAGAGUCCUACCUUCCAGCCAGACCAACUGAGUGUCUGGAGCACCACUCUGUCGCUGAGGAGCUCCAGCAGGUCUCUCAGGGGGAGGGGGAGAGCUGCACCCCAGACUGGAUGCUCUGUGAUGGGUCAUUUGUGCCAUCCUAUCCUGGGAGGGAAUGGGCCUCAAUUAACCACGGGGGCCAGGAUUUCAGCAGGGCUUUCUCUAGUGUGACCUGGACAGAUAAUGCACUAGAUAUACUGGGGAGGUGCAAUAUCACUGAUUAUACUGUGUAUGAGCAGUUUGUCUUCUCUGUCGAUGUGGACAUUCUGCAUCCAGAUCAUUCAGACAGAACGGGACAGAUUUCAGUCUCAAGAGAACCCAGUUACACCCCCCGAAAGGAAAGGACAAAGUACAAGGAUGCACGGGGCCCCAGACCUCACCGACAGAAUCAAAGGAGAUAUACUGGAGCCUACCUAGCUAACUCAGUCACUAAGCUGAAGGAGAAGAGGUCAGUUCUAAGCACUGAGGUAUUUCAUGAGGUUUACAAUAGCAUUUGUUAGAUGUAUGACAGAAUAAUAUUCCCCAGACAUCCAGCCUUUUUCCUUACUCACCAGACUUGUGUUCAAUUCCCACAUCAUUUGAUUUGAUUUGUAUCUACACACUGA